CAGCUGGUGCCUCUCACUCACCUCACGGGAUUCCUCUUCUCCGCUCUCACUAUAAAUACACCCCGCUGCCUUCACAUAAAUCUUCACUACUCAAAAAAAUAACAAUUAACAACACUGGCAAUAUGAGCUCUUCUCUUAUGUCUCAAUGCGUUCAUAUUUUCUUAGCAGCUACUUUUGUAGCAAUGUCUGGUGUUCAUGGAGGAAACUUUUAUCGUGAUUUCGAUCUUACUUGGGGAGACGGACGAGCUAAGAUUCUGAAUAAUGGACAGAUGCUCACGCUGUCGCUUGACAAAGUAUCGGGCUCUGGGUUUCAAUCGAAGAAUCAGUAUUUGUUCGGGAAGAUUGAUAUGCAGCUUAAGCUUGUACCGGGGAACUCCGCUGGCACUGUUACUGCCUACUAUUUAUCAUCUCAAGGACCAACUCACGAUGAGAUCGACUUCGAAUUCCUCGGCAACCUCAGUGGCGACCCAUACAUCCUACACACCAACAUAUUCACUCAAGGCAAAGGGAACAGAGAGCAACAGUUCUACCUCUGGUUUGAUCCCACAAAGGAUUUCCACACUUACUCUAUCCUAUGGAACCCCCAACAUAUCAUAUUCUCUGUCGAUGGUAUUCCUAUAAGAGAUUUCAAGAACUUAGAGAAGUACCGCAUCCCUUUUCCUAAAAUCCAGCCAAUGAGGUUAUAUUCUAGUCUAUGGGACGCUGAUAAUUGGGCAACAAGAGGGGGAUUAGUGAAGACUGACUGGAGCAAAGCGCCAUUUACAGCGAGUUACAGGAAUUUUCAGGCCCAGGCUUGUGUUUUGAGCUCUGGGAGGUCGAGAUGUGGGUCGGGAGGAAAUCGUUGGUUUAAUCAGCAACUGGAUGUGGCUAGUUUAAAGAGACUGAGAUGGGUGCAGAAGAAUUAUAUGAUUUAUAAUUACUGUACUGAUGUCAAGAGGUUUCCUCAGGGGAUACCGACUGAAUGCAAGCAUCCUUGAAGAUAUUGGAUUUUGGAAUUGUGUAUUGCAAAUUGAAUUAGUUUGUUAUUGUAUUGCUUUAUUUUUUUAGGGAAGUAGGUAUUAUUGUAUUGUAUUAGCCUAUUAUUGUAUUGUUGUGUGAGAUAUGUAGAUGUAAAUAAGUAUAUGUAGUAUGGAUAUGUGUACGUAACUCGCUUGGUGUAUGAAUGCAAUCCAAUAAGUUGCUUUAUUAUCCUUAUUAUAUUAUAUGGGUCA